AUGAUAUUGCUCGAGUAUCAGAUUUCCAGAGGCUUCGAAGCCGAAGUGCUCCAUCGACGGGUUGGUAACGCGAUGGUGUAUGGAUCGAACGAAAAAUUUGUAUUUCUGUUGGUUUUAUCAUCAGUCAUAACAACAAGCCUCCUUAAUGCUCAAGAAUAUCAUGAUGAUCCAGUGACAGCAACAGUGCUGGAAUCGAAGCAAGAUUUUCCGUGUUAUUCGCUACCGAAAGAGAAUUAUACGUGCAGUGCGUGCAUUCAAUUUCAUGACACGUGUGCGUGGUGUAGUAAAGUGGGAUUCGAUGAUGACAAUCAACAUCCAAGAUGCGAUAGCCUCGAGCGAUUAGCGGAACACGGCUGUCCGGAUGAUGAGAUUGAAUUCCCGAAAACAACUGUUCAGACAGCUGAGAAUCAACCACUAACAAAUGCAGGCGAUAUCGCGAGUGAAGAAGAAGCAAUACAGCUGAAACCACAAAGGAUGGUCGUUAAUAUUAGGCCAAAAGCAAGAGUGCGUUUCAAUGUGACCUAUCGACAAGCAGUGGACUAUCCAGUUGAUCUUUACUAUUUGAUGGACUUGUCGUAUUCGAUGAAAGAUGACAAAAAGAAACUUUCUGAAUUGGGCGAUCUUUUAGCUGAACGUAUGCGAGCAAUUACGAAGAACUUCCGGCUCGGAUUUGGAUCUUUCAUCGACAAAAAGCUGAUGCCUUUCGUCGAUCCUCGUCCCGAAAAGUAA